AACACCCCUAAAAGCCAGGCAAGGUGUAACUAACAUUGUGAAAUGAAAUUGGGGGAGUAAACAAAAAGAGGAUGGGAAUGCGGGCGAUGUAAACAAGAGUUUAAACACACUGCGCCCUGCAUUCCCUCGUCUUCUCCGUCUCUCUUUUCUUAAAUCACUUUCUCUCUCCCAUUUCACUCUCUAACCACAUUUCUCUCUCUCUCUCUCUCUCACACACACACCCAUGGCUUCUCCAUUCCUUGCUAAGCCAACAACUGCACCCAUUUCUUUCUCUUCCUCUGUCUCCACCUCCCUCCCAUGGCGCUUCUCCACUCCAUCCUCUUCCGCCGCAUUUCCUGUCAAAUCCCGCAGGAGGAUCUUCACCGUCAAAUCCAAGAUCAGGGAGAUCUUCAUGCCUGCCCUCAGCUCCACCAUGACAGAGGGCAAGAUUGUUUCCUGGAUUAAGUCCGAGGGUGAUGUUCUCUCCAAGGGCGAGAGUGUUGUCGUCGUUGAGUCAGACAAAGCUGAUAUGGAUGUUGAGACCUUCUACGAUGGAAUUCUGGCAGCGAUUGUCGUUGGCGAAGGUGAGACUGCCCCGGUUGGAGCUCCGAUCGGGUUGUUGGCUGAGACUGAUGAAGAAAUCGCCGAGGCUAAGGCGAAAGCAGCAUCGAAAUCCGGUUCUUCCUCUGCUGCUGCUGCUACAACUUCCGCCUCUGAUUCGCCCUCUUCUCCACCUCCGGCUUCGAGUCCUGCUCCAAUUGCUCAGUCUUCGCCUCCUCCUCCGCUUCCUUCUGAUGGGCCCAGGAGGAUUGUGGCCACGCCUUAUGCGAAGAAGCUAGCUAAGCAGUAUAAGGUGGAUAUUAAAUCGGUAGUGGGCUCUGGUCCAUUUGGGCGCAUUACGUCCGAGGAUGUGGAGGCAGCGGCUGGAGUUACACCUUCAAAGAGUUCUGUUGCUGCAGCGCCUGCUCCGGUGGCUGCCACUCCUCCCAAAGGUGCUCCUUCUUCUGGUUCUGCUUCUUUGCCUCCUCCGCUUCCGGGCUCUACAAUCGUGCCAUUUACUACAAUGCAAGCUGCCGUUGCAAAGAACAUGAUAGAGAGUCUCUCUGUGCCGACUUUCCGAGUUGGAUAUCCUGUGACAACUGAUGCACUCGACGCGCUGUAUGAAAAGGUGAAACCAAAGGGUGUGACCAUGACUGCCUUGUUGGCUAAGGCUGCUGCUAUGGCUCUUGCUCAACAUCCAAUUGUGAAUGCGUCGUGCAAAGAUGGGAAAAGCUUUACAUAUAAUAGUAACAUAAACAUUGCAGUUGCUGUGGCAAUCAAUGGUGGCCUUAUAACCCCUGUUCUUCAGGAUGCUGAUAAGAUGGAUCUGUACCAGCUAUCUAGAAAAUGGAAAGAGCUAGUUGAGAAAGCCCGUUCCAAGCAGUUGCAACCUAAUGAAUAUAAUUCAGGAACUUUCACUUUAUCCAAUUUGGGCAUGUUUGGAGUGGACAGAUUUGAUGCUAUACUUCCUCCAGGCCAGGGGGCUAUCAUGGCUGUUGGAGCUUCUAAGCCAACAGUUAUCGCCGAUGCAGAAGGAUACUUCAGUGUAAAGAGUAAAAUGCUGGUGAAUGUAACAGCCGAUCAUCGGAUUAUUUACGGUGCUGAUUUGGCUGCCUUCCUUCAGACCUUUUCAAAGAUCAUUCAGAACCCAGACAGUCUCACAUUGUAGACGAUGCCUCAGGUUCCUACAUAUUAACACCUUUUGACUCUGUAUCUCUAGAUUAAUGAUUUAGAGAAAUGUCAAGGGCAAAGAAUUUAAAAGAGACGAUUCAAAAGCAGAACUGAACAACCUGAUUUUGCUAUGGUCUCUUGCAUUUUAUGCUUUGAGUACGUCUUUUUUUUUUCUUUGAACUUAUUAGUUUGAGGUCAGUUAUCAUAUUCUGCGGAGUUACUUCUAAAGAGAGAAAUAACAAGUUUGAGGAUUGGAUUAGUCAGUGGGAUUUUCUUAGCAAUAAGUAAUUUAUUUGGUGUAAUAAUUUAUUUUACUAUAUAAAUUGUUCAUUAAAAUUAUUAGAUCUCGCACUUA